AUGAGUGAAGAAAAAAGAGAUAUUAAAAAGUUAGGAAUGAGUAAUAAUUCUCAUUCUUUAAAAAAUAUAAAUAAAAUACAAGGAAAAAAUAAAAUGAUUAAAGAUAUAUGCUCUAGUAAAUUAUUAAAUGAUAUAUAUGAAGAAAAAAAAAAUAGUUGUAAAGAUUUAUUACAAACAAAUUCUGAGCUAUCUAAAAAUUUGAACUUAAAAUGUUUAAGUCAUAAAUAUGACAAAAUAGAUUUAUUAUAUUAUGAUAAUAAACACAUAAAUAAUUACUUAAAUGAAGAUAUAAAUUCACACGGAAAAUACGAAAAUCUAAAAAAACAAUUAAAUAAAAUUAUAUGUUCAAAAAACAAAAAAAAAAUAAUAGGAAAAAACAGAAAUAUGUUUAACUUAUAUAAAGAUAAAUAUAAAGUAGAAAAUGAUAAAAAUGAUACGCAAAUGCCUCUAGCAUACGAAAAUGAAAUGACAAUAUUAAAUAACUAUAAAAAUAAUUCUAAAAGUGAUAAAUUUCCUUCAAAUUUUCAAAUGUCUUCCUUUUUUAAUGAAAAAGACAUUAAAAAGAACAAUAUAUAUGAAGAGAAAAAGAAUGGAGACAGAGAAUAUUUUCACGAUUCUAAAUGUUUUUCCAAUAACAAUUAUAUGAAAGAAAUGAGCUACGGAGAUAUUUCAGAAAAUAGUUCAUUGUCUACAUUGAGUAACAAAAGAAUAAAGAAUUCAUUAAAAAAGAGUAGUUUAAAUAACUAUAAUAAUUUUAAUAAUGAAAUAGAGAUUGAAUAUAAUAAGAAUAAUAAAAAAAAUGUAAAAUUCAGUGAAUGCAUGGGUUACAUGGAUAAAAAUGUUAAUUCUAAACCACUUUAUUCUAUUAUUUAUAAUAAUGAUAGAAACAAUUUUUAUAACAGCAUGAAUUACAGAAAAAAUGAAGAUGUAAACUUCAAUGAUGGAAGUAUAAUAAGUGAAAAUUAUACAUGCAAAUCUAACUUAGAUGAAUUAACGUCACACAGAAAUAUUGAUUUCAAUAAUUAUUAUCAUCAUUCAAAUAAAAGUCCUAUUAUAAAUUAUAUAGGUAAUAAUGAGAAUAAGCAAUCACAUUAUAGUAAUUCAUUUAAGAAUAAUAUAAAUAAUAUUAAAUUAGCAGAUAUUAAAAAAUUUUUAAAAAAUAAAGAAGAAUUAUAUAAUGAAACAAUUUCUUCCAACAAUGAUACAUAUAACAAUAAUACAAAUGUUUUAGAUAACUGUAAUAUAAAAUAUGAAAAUUUAAUCAAUUUUUAUAAUUCUUCAGCUGUUGCUAGAUUUAAAGAUUCAAUUAAAAAUAAUUUUAGAAAUAGUUCUACUAGUUCUCAAGAAGAUAGUCUCAAUCAUAAGAAUAGUAUAAAUAUUAAUUCAAAUUCGUUUGAAGAAUGCAAAUAUAAUUCCCAUUUGGUAAAUAAAGAUAAUAAUAAUUCACCUAAUUCAAAAGAAAUUUAUGAGUUUAAUAAAUAUGACAACAAUAACAUUUCAAAUGAUAAUUUAAGUAAUAUAAAUUUACAUAAAGAUAAAAAUAUAUUUAAAAAAGAAAAAUUGGCUAAUAAAUUCUAUGCAUUAAAUUUUCUAAACAUAAGUGAAAAUGGUGAUUUAGAUAAAAAAAAAAAAAAAAAGAAAAGGAUUUGUACGAAUAACGAUUAUAUCAAAAAAUUUUAUAAAAAAAAAAAGCAAAAAGCAGAAGGGAGAUGCGAAGAAAAGAGUGAAGAGCAAAUAAUUAAAGAAAAAAAUUUUAGGGACGAAAAAAAUUUUAUAUUAAGGAUGAAUCAAUCACAUGUUGAUAAUGAAGAAAAAAAUUCAUUUAAUCAAAAAAAUUUUCAAAAUAUUGAAAAGAAAAAGAACGUAAGAGUAAAAUGUCUUAUUGAAUUUGAUGAAAUUACUAAUUCGUGGAAAUUGUUUUGGAAAUAUGGAAAAAUUGUUGUUAAAAAAUCAUAUAGUAAGGAAGUAUAUGGUGAUAAUUCGAGAUAUAAAGCACUAAAUGAUCUUGAAAAUUUUCAGAAUAUUUAUGAUAAUAUAUUAAAAAAUAACCCAGAUAUUAGUGAGGAACAUAAAUAUUUAUUAAUUCAAAACAAAAUUUAUGAACAUUUUGGAGAAAAAUAUUAUUUUCCUAAAAUUACAGAAAAAGAAAAAAAGAAAAAAAAAAAAGACAUUUUUGAUGGAAAUAAUGAACAAUUAGAUAAUAUAAAAGAAGAAAAUAUAAGGGAAGGAAAGGAAGGAGAAAAAGAAGAUAAAAAAGAGGAUAAAGUGAUAAAAGAAAAGGGACAAUGGGAAAAAGAGAAGAUAGACAAGGAAGAGAAGGAAAAGGAAAGAGAGGAAAAAGAGAAAUAUAAGGAAAAGGUAGAUAAAGAAAAAAAAGAAGAAAAAGAAAAUGGAAAUGAAGAGGAUAAAGAGAAAAAUGAGACAGGAAUGGAAGAAGAAAAAAAAAAAGAAGAUAAUUAUGAUAGUGGUAAUAAUGAGCAAACAGAAGAAAUAAAAAAUAGAAAAAGAAAAUAUAUUAAAACUAAUAAUUCUACAUUAUUAGAUCAUAUUAAAAUUGCAGAAAAGGAUAAAGACAAAAUGUAUAUAGAAAAAGAAAAAAUCCAGAAUAUAAAUGAUAAAAUAUAUGAAAGAAAGGAUGAAAAAAUUGAAGAAAAAUAUGAAUUUAACACACUUGUAAAUUUAGCUAAUUAUGAAAAAGAGUUAAAAAUAUUAAAGAAAGAAGAAAAAAGAAGAAUUAAUGAAAGAAAAAGAGAAAAAAAAAUGAAAGAAAUAUAUGAAAGAAGGCAAAAAAAGCUAAAAAGGGAAGAAGAAAAAAGAAAUAAAAUAUUGUUAAAAGAACAAAAAAAAAAGUUAAGAGAAGAAAAAAAAAAAAUGAAGGAAGAAGAAAGGUUAAGAAAAAUAGAAGAAAAAAUAAAAUUAAAGAAAUUAAAACAGUUGAAACCAAUUAUAGAAAAAAUAAAUAAAUAUCGAAGUUCAUUAAAAAGUAAAUUUAAUAAAGAAGCACUCCAUUUCAUAAAAAAUAAAGAAAUAUUCAAAAAGGAUAAUAAAGAUUAUCUUGAUUACUUAAAUUCUUUUGAUAAACCAUCAGAAAAUAUCUUUAGUCUUAUCAAAGCAUCUAUAGAAGAAAAGCCAUUAACUAAGAGAGAAAGAGUUAUAGAAUUGAUAAAAAAAAACAAAAAUGUACAUAUUAAUACCAACUUAUACCUUGAUAUAAAUUCUGAAGAUGAUGUAGAAAAUUCUAAUAAUAAAGGAAAUUGGAUAGUUUCUUGGGUAUUCUAUGGAAGAACUUAUAGAAAGAAAUUUUCCAUUAAUGAAUAUGGUUUCAAAAAGGCAAAAGAAUUAGCAGAAAAUUAUAAAAAUGAAAGAAUAAACUGUAUACUAAAUAAUUUUUCUAAAUAUAAUCAUUUUAAAGAAAUAAUUCAAAUUAAAAAUAAUCAAAUAAAUAAUGAAAAGGAUAAUGCUGAUUCACAAGAAUUAAUGAGAAAUAUCGAACAAAAAAAAAAUAAUGAAUUUUCCGUCAAAUAUGAAUCUAAUAUUCAAAAAGAAAAUGAUGAAAAAAGGAAUAUACGCUGUACUUUUCCAUAUUCAAAAUUAAGUAGUGAAUCAAAAGAUCAUCAGAAAAUCUAUAAUUCUAUUAAUAUGAUUAAUUUUUAUAAUCAUAUAUUAAAAAAUCCAUUAUUUGAUCAAUAUUUCAAAAACAAAAUUAUGUGGGUAAAUAAAUUGAGCUGUUGGAAAAUAGAAAUUAUGAAAAAACAAAAUAAUAGGUACAUAAGAGAAAAAAAAUAUUAUUCAGAACAAAAAUAUGGAUAUAUUAUCGCUAAAUAUAUAGCUAUUUGUGAUUAUUUAAUUGCAGAAAACAAUAUUUUAAAUAAUUAUUUUGAUACAAAAGUACCGAAUUUACAAUAUGAUAAUAAAAAAAAUGCAUGGAAAAUAUCAAGAUAUGUUCCUCAUCAAUUAAAUAAAAAAAAUUAUUAUUUCAAUAUCAGCAUUUAUGGAUGGCUUAAUUCAAGAAAACUAGCACUACUAUUGGCUAUAGAUUUAAAUGAAAAUAAGACAUUUAUGUAUGAAGAUUUUUAUAAUAGGAGUUCAUCAGAACACAAAAACUUAAUAUAUCAAAAUAUCUUUUUAAAUAAGAAUUAUAAUAAAAAUAAUUCUAAUGAAUAUUUAAACGUAGAAAAUAAUAUAAAUAACAAACUUCAUAAUAAAAAUAAAUGUAGUAUGAGUUCUUUUGGUAUUAAGUCUUAUAGCACUUCAAAUAAUAGUAAUAACUGUUUAGAUAUAAGUUAUGAUAAUAAUACUAAAGAUUAUAAUAAAGAACAAAAAAAAGAUAGCGCUUUUGAAAAUAAGUUAUAUAUCUGCAAAAACGGUAGUAUAAAUAGUAAUAAAAACGAUGAUAAUAAAAACAACAUUCACGAUAAUAUUAAUAUCUUUAAGAAAAAUAUUUAUGAAAAAAUAGACGAAGAAAAAGGUAAAAGAAUAAUUCAGAACGACUAUAAAUACAGUGAUGACAGUCAAAAUAAUGGGAAGCAAAUUAAUAAAAAUAAAAAUUAUAUAAAAAUGGAUGGAUAUAAUCAUUGUGAUAACAAAUGUAUGAAGAAUAAUGAUAAGAUUUCCUGUAAUAACGAUAAUUGUAAAUGCAAUAAUAGCACUCUUAGUAUGUCAAAUAAUACAGUUAAUAAUAUAGUAGACCGAUACAAAAAUCUAAUUAUUAAAGAUACAAAUAUAAUUAAUAAAGAUAAUAAUCAUAACAACAUAGAUAAUUAUUAUGAUGAAGUAACUUAUAUCAAUAAUAAUACAAACCAAGAAAAAUGUGAUGAUACAUUAAAUGAUUUUUAUUGUGAACUGAGAAAUGAUGAAAAUGAUAAAAUUAAAAAAGAAGAAAAAAAACAUUGUUCUAAAGUAGUAGAUGAUUCUUGUGAGUCAUUUAUUAAUUUAAAAAUUAAGGAAUUCCAAAAAAAAAACAUUAAAAAGAAUAACAGUGAACAUAAUGCAGAAAAACAUCAUAAAGAUAAAAGUUUAUACACAUAUAAUGAAAAUACAUUGAAUGACAAUGCAAUUAAUAAAGAUAACAAUUCUCCAAAUGAAUUCAAAAAUUCUUAUAUGCAUAAUUCAUAUAUAAACUUUAAAAAAUUAUAUGAAGAUGUAUAUAAUGAGAAAUAUUUUCAAUUAAAACAAAUGUAUUCAUGUAAUGAUAAUGAUUUAAUAAAUUUUUUGUCUAAUGAAGAAGAUAAAGAACUUUUUUUAAAAGAAAAUAUAAAUAUAGAUAUAGAUGAUGAACAUUUUUUAAUUAAGAUUUUGGAAGAUUAUUAUUAUUCAAAUUUUUCAAGAAAAGCCAAUAAAAUCAAAAAAAGGUUUAUAAAAUGA